GAAGGACAUAAAUUGCAUAAGGAACUCGUUCCAAUUAGUUGGUAUUUAUCAGAGAUCUUGGUGUUGAUUUCGCACACAAGUUUGUCAAGAGGGCUUUGACUGGAUGCAGAGUGCAUUUGGAACUUUUACGCGCGUUUUGGGGAGAACGAGCGGCUAUAUAUGACCACUAUGGUCAUGUCUAUGUAGCCUAACAAAAUAGAUAUUUCUAGCCUGUAUGCCAAUAAAAAAAACGUUGUACUCGCUGACUGAAUUGCGACAACCAUACGGGAAAAAUGUUCCCCCUACCAAUGUUCACACCGGAGCAGGUAGCCCGCGUUUGCGAGAACUUGGAAGAAACCGGAGACAUCGAGCGCCUGGGACGGUUCCUGUGGUCUCUACCUGCCGCUGUUCCCGGCUCGGCCGGAGAAGCUCUCAACCGCCACGAGUCCGUAAUGCGCGCCCGAGCGCUUGUCGCAUUCCACGGAGGAAACUUUGAGGCCCUGUAUCAGAUCCUCCAGAGCCAUCGUUUCACGCGCGAGUCUCACGCAAAACUUCAGGACCUGUGGCUGGACGCGCACUAUCGAGAGGCGGAGCGACUACGGGGCCGGCCGCUGGGACCGGUGGAGAAGUACCGUAUCCGAAAGAAGUUUCCUCUGCCCCGCACUAUUUGGGACGGAGAACAAAAGACGCACUGUUUUAAGUUUGUUUGCGUUACGCAGGAGAGAACACGGAGUCUGCUGAGAGAGUGGUACCUGCAGGACCCUUACCCUAACCCUUCCAGGAAGAGACACCUGGCCCAGGCCACAGGCCUCACUCCCACACAGGUGGGAAACUGGUUCAAGAACCGCAGGCAGAGGGACCGGGCUGCUUCAGCUAAGAACAGGUUACAGCAGGACCCCUCCCACCUCCCCGCCGGCAGCUCCCCCGAGGGCUCCGUCCAGGAGCUGCACCACCGGCACCACCCCCACCUGCUGCCCGCCUCCCCCCGUAACCCCGGCAGCCCCGAGGCCAGCGACUGCAGCACGGGGACAGAGCGCCGCGGCACGGGCGCUUCCACCCCCGACAUCUCCGUCAGCAGCGACAGCGAGUUUGAGUCGUGAGCCAGUCCCCUUCGGCCCCUUGGGGGGGGGGGGGGGCGGGGGUUUCCGGGAAAGAUUCAGAUGGAAGGAGAGAGGUGGAGGAGACCUUGGGGCCACCAACCUACCUGAUAGACUAAUACAGAAUCAUGCAAACCAAAAAACUGUAGAACAGUUCAGAUCUUGGAAACCUUUGGCUUGGGACACAAGUGCUACCUUCCAUUAUUAUGCAAACAGACUCAUAUGAAGGCUGGAU